AUGUUCCAGCAUGGUCCCCAGGUAGAGUUCACGUCUGAUGUUCAAAGUGAUCAUAACAUUCACAUAGAAGUGUCAAAUGCGCACGACUUGUUGUUCGUUGCACAGAAUGCAUCCGUUUAUAUAUACCAGUUAACUGCUUUCGUGUCUAGUGCGGUAGCCAAUGAACCUUAUGACGCGCAUCUGCUAGAUCGCAUAACGUUUGAGGAUGCUAUUAAACGCAUCCGCAUACUACACGAGUGGCAUCUCAUCGCGUGCCUGUUAGCUCAUAAAGUGGUGGUGUAUGACUUUUCACAAGGUAAGAAGAGGUUCGAAUCUGAAUUCACCGUUGUACUUGAAUGCGUAUAUUGGAGCGGUAAAAAUCUUCUUGUACGUGACGCGGACUCUGUUCUUCACAUGAUUUCGGUUGAUGGAACUAAGAAAAGCAUCUUGAGAGAUUGUAAGAGCAUUUCACCAGCUGGAUCAGAUGGGUUUCAUCUCGUUUGCCAGUUUAAUGGCAGUCUUUCGAUUCAGAUCUUCAAAGAAUAUCCAGACCCAUCAAAAUUCGUAACUCUUCAGUUACCACCUCUCUAUGAAGCAUCACAGAUAACGGAUGUGGUUGGUUCGCACGUCAUAUCUGGCGACUUGGUGGCUAUAGGCCUGGUUAUUGACAUUCAAGAUUCACUAAUAUUACUUUGCCGCUACACGAGCAGCGAAGCUACUGUGGUACAUUGGGCAUUCAACGAAUUGUUCCUCACUGUUGACGACAUAUACCCCCAAAUUGAGUUUGUCUGGGUAGAUGAAUGGCAGUGUUUAUUUGCGUGGUCCAAUGCCGCUACUAUGGUUGUAGUGAUAUCGCGUCAUGUUAAACUUGUCGGAGACUCUACAUGGCAUGUGGUAAACAUGAAAGAGGGAUACUGUCUUGAAUCUGUUGACAUAGAUUGCUGUCCAACUGAUCUCGUGGUGUGUACCUCGUAUAGAGACAAAUUGUACCGUAAGAAUGCAUCUGCGGACGCACCUCUGUUGACUGACCCAACCGUUUUUAUGUUGGCACAAGGGGCUAGUAAGAUUGCUCUACAUUAUGCAGACACUUGGUUGAUUGACAAAGAUCUCAAGGAAGUGGAGCAACUUCCCCGAUUGAGACGUGACACUGAUGGGUCUUUGUUUAGUUCAUUCGUUGCCAGCCGAUGUAGUGAUGAAAACGUCGUAAAUAAAAAGUCAAUUAUCCACCAUACAUCGGAUAUGCCUGAGGGUGCACAUUUGGAUGACAUGUUUGCAUGUAUGAAGGUAGAGCACACAAGCAGCUCCUAUGACAAGAAUUUACGUCCAGGCAGUACGGGGUUAGGACAUACUCAAGCUACACACGGUGGACAGAAGUCGGUUGAGUUAUCUACAAAUCCCGAUACCGCCAACUGCCACAGAUUCACAGAUUCGCGCAGUUCCUCGAACGUUGUAUCAUCUAAAAUUGGACAACCCCAAGCACUUGAUCCUUUGGCAGCAGUAGAUGAAGUGUAUCAUUCAUCAAUAAAGGCCUAUGCACAGCUACCCGCUGAAAAAGAGAGACAUCUCGAGCGCAUACGCCUCUUAGAAAUGCUGUGCAACUGCUUUCACAUAUUUGAGAGUCGUCUAGAGGACUUAGAGUCCACCAUAAGCAGUGAAGUUGCAACUCCACGUGGUGUAAAAAUGGAUGAUUGGGCUUCUAGCCUUGAAGAUGUGAAAAGCAUCUACAACGAAAUCAUAAGGAAUGUUAGCGGCGCUACGGGUGAUUAUUCCAAUGGCAGCAUCGAUGUGUUGUCGGAUGAUAUUAAAAAGAUGUACGAAGAGACUAUGCAGUCAUAUACGUCGAAAUUUCACAUUUAUGGCCCAGAAGUAGAUUUGAAAGAUAUGGAGCACCACUUAGAUGCCACAAAAGGGGUGCUGAUUUCACUUAAUGAUAAAUUGGAUGCUUACGAAAACGAAAUAUCGGCAGCAGAAAAUAACCGUCUUUUUAGCCAUAAAGCUGAAACCACGAUGCGUAGAGAUUCCUGUAUCAGGCAGCGUACUAGGGAAAGCAAAAUGACAGAUAUAAGUGAUUUAAUAAAAAAAUUGAAAGACGUUCACAUCAAGCAUGCUCCAAAUCCCGACAUAGAAUACAAGGAAGUGAAAAUGAAGUUUAACGAAUACGGCACAUUAUCAAAACUGAAAUCAAGUGAAACAAUUUGCGCCACGCAGAUCGUAUUCACUCAGGAGGCACGCCCUCGAGGUUGUGACCUGCUAUACAGCAAGAACUACCUUGAGACGGGGAGUAUACGGACACAUAAUUUCUCCACAACUAAUGAAACAACAGGAACGUCAAUAGAAAUCACUACAAACGAUUUUCGGAAAGACGGACGCCAUAAUCCAAGUGAUAGUAGCACUUCUUCCGCAACAGGCACGCAUUCAAAGGAUGGGACCUCGACAGCUGUAAUACAACCCAAGGAUGCGUUAUCGAAUGUUGUAGCCAGCGGCAACACCGAAGGCAUGUCUGUUGGAAGUUAUAACACUGUCGCAGAAGUUUCAUCGUUAGAUGCUUCUUCUAGCAGCACAGCUGAUAACACUAGAUUGGGUCUAAGCACAACUGCACUUUCGAGUUCGUCCAUCCCUGGCGGUGCUAUUCAUCAGGUUCAAACGUACAAGUUUGGUGACACUGGGGACAUGGCAAAGUGCACACUAAGCAGUGCGUGUUUUGCUCCAGUUGCAGCUCCCAGUGGACCUGCGCCGUUUGCGCUUUAUGCUACAAAUUCGCCGACGUCGUUUGCUGACUUGGCUCUGUCUAAAAGCGCAGGGAAGUCUAUGUUCAAUGACAUUCAGAAAGAACCGAAUCAAUUGUUCGGUGAAGGGCCAUUAACUGGCACUAUACCAAGUUUUACUGGGGUAAGGGGUUUCACUUCAGGCAACUUCCAGGCAACUGGCCUGCAAAAUGCUUCACCUGUUUUUAACUAUUCAUCUAACCCCCUGAGGUCUGGUUUAAACACCGAUGAUAAGGCACCAAUUGCAAAGUCAGGAGGGGACAUUUGGGGUUCUUUCCGCCGCAGUAACCCAUUGGAUUGA